UUAAAGCUCGUGAAGAUCUCUAGGGUUUAGCAGCUAAUUCAACAUGGCAGUGUCUGAGAUUCCUUGUGUGGUGUUAGGUUCUUCUUCCUCAGGGGAAGUGAGGAUGCCGGUGAUAGGGAUGGGGUGUGCACCAGAGUUGACCGGCAAGGUGGCCGACACUAAGGAAGCCUUAGUGGAAGCCAUAAGACAGUGUUACAGACACUUUGAUACUGCCUCUGUUUAUGGCUCCGAGGCUGCCCUCGGCGAAGCCAUUAAGGAAGCUCUUAAGCUUGGCCUCGUCCCCUCCAGACAACACCUCUUCGUCACCUCCAAGCUCUGGUGCAACCAAAACCAUCCUCACCUCGUUCUUCCUGCUCUCCAAAACUCCCUCAGGAAUCUUCAGCUGGAGUACCUGGACCUGUAUCUGGUUCACUUUCCUAUCUCUGCUAAGCCAGGCAAGUUGGCUUUCCCCAUAGAGGCAGCAGAUGUGGUUCAUUUUGAUCUGAAGGGAGUGUGGGCGGCCAUGGAAGAUUGCCAGAGACUGGGACUCACCAGAGCCAUCGGAGUCAGCAACUUCUCCAUUAAGAAGCUCGACGAGCUGCUGUCAUUCGCCACCAUCCCGCCGGCGGUGAAUCAGGUGGAGAUGAACCUGGCAUGGCAGCAGAAGAAGCUGGUGGACUACUGCAAAUCAAAAGGGAUAGUGAUCACAGCGUUCUCGCCGCUGAGGCAGGGAGUGGGCAGGGGAUCGAACGAGGCCAUGGAGAGUGAUGUGGUGAAGGAGAUAGCAGAAGCGAGGGGCAAAUCAAGCGCUCAGGUUUGCCUGAGAUGGCUGUACGAGCAAGGCGUGACGUUCGUGCCGAAGAGCUACAACAAAGAAAGGAUGAAGCAAAACCUGCAAAUCUUCGACUGGUCGUUGACUGAAGAUGAUCAUAAGAAAAUCAGUGAAAUAAAGCAGCAACGUUUGAUCGAUGGACCCACGAAGCCUCCGCUUCCAGAUCUGUACGAUGACGAGAUAUAAAGCACAAGUAAUAUUUGAUGGAUUCUGCACAGCACAAAGAUAAAACCACUAGGACAUCGCACUAUUCAGUUGAUCCUGCUUUCAGUGUGUUGUUAUACAGUGGUUGUUGGAUAUUUGCUUAUUAUGAGCUCUGUUACUGCAGUUAUGGAUAUAUAAGAUGAAUAAACUUUGAAAAUC